AUGGCGCCUGCUGAACCCAACGCAAAGCCUUUCGAGCUUUUGACGGCCGAAGAGCCAAAUUUUCCAGAAGAGCGAGAAGGGUGGAAAGGAUACAUCGAGUGGGAGCGAUACCCAGAAAAGAAGAAGCAGGCGGCGGAAAUCCUGGCGAAAUAUGACUUCCCCGUACCUCCCGAAUUCCAGUUGGAGCCGUUGCCCAAGACCAACCCGGUCCUUGAAGGUGUGCGAUGGAAACACUACCACUAUGCUAUGGGCAAGACGCUGAAGGAUAUGCCGGGCGACUCAUGGGAACACGUCAAGAAAGAGAAGAGCGAGGACAUGGUCCAUGUACUGCAAUUCCCUUACAACGGAGAGCCAGAGCGCAAGCGCCUUGUCGAAACGGAGAUUACCAACAACAAAGACCACUUUGUCCGUAAUCACGGUGGCAUUCCUGAGAUCGACCCGGAGAAAUACUUCUUCGAAGUCGAAGGUCUCGUCGACAAGCCAAAGAAGAUCACAUUGAAGGAAUUACAGGACGAGAGCAUCUUCCCACGCAUGGAGACCUGCGUCACUCUUCAGUGUAGUGGUACGCGCCGUAUCGAGCAGAUCCACGACUACCCUGGAGACGGAGACGAACUCAUCAAUGCGCCGUGGGGAGAAGGUGCCAUCGGUACGGCCCGUUACGUGGGCGUCAGUCUCAAGAAGGUGCUCAAGUACUGCGGACUGAAGCCGGAAGGAAAGCACGUCGAGUUCUUUGGCGCCGACACCUACUUCAAGAAGGGUCACGUAUACAACUACGCUGUAUCAGUACCGACCCGCAAGGUGAAGAUCAACGAGGUCAUGCUGGCGUGGGAGAUGAACGGAGAGCCACUGCCCGCCAUCCAUGGCUUCCCACUCCGUACCGUCGUAAUGGGCUACAUCGGCGCCAGAAGCUGCAAAUGGCUCACUCGCAUCAACGUCAUCGACCAGCCGUCUCUAGCUCCCGUUCAAAUGAAGGAGUACCUCUACUAUACUCCGCAGAACGGCAAGCAAAACGUCACAUACAGCAACGGUUUCAGUAUCCAAACUAUGCCUGUCGCGAGUGCUAUCAUGACGCCUGUCGACAAAGACGUCAUUGUACACGAUGGGAAGAUCCGCAUGACUGGCUGGGCGUAUAGUGGAAGUGGCUGGCCGGAACGAGUCGAAGUCAGCAACGAUGGUGGCGGUGUUUGGUAUGAGGUGCCAUACGAGAACUUGAGCAAGAAAUACUACCAUGCCUGGCGCACGUGGUGGGUCGAUAUUCCAGUCGAUGCUGAGGGAUGGCUUGAAUUCUGCGUGCGUUGCUGGGAUGAUGCCUUGAAUACGCAACCCACGUUCGUGCGAAGUGCAUGGAACUGGGAUCUUCACGUGACAUCCUCAUGCCACCGCGUCAAGCUUUACAGCGUCAAUCGCACCAAACCCGCCACGAUGAAGCGUCUCAAGCAACUCGAAGACCACGGUGCUUCGAUUCAUCCCAUCACCAGGCCUUUGCCAUUUGAUCUCGAGACCGAGGAGGAAUACCUCGAGGAGAUGAAGAAGCGUGGAGGUCGCGAUCCGGAGGAGUAG